AAUUUUUACCACAUUCCGGAUUGCGUUAAACAACGCAAUGUAGCUAAAACAAAAAAAAACAUCAUUAAUUAAAGUAUUAAAAACGGUCUUUAUGUAAUAUCGUUUUUAUAUAUUGUAUCAAAAUAGCCUGUUGUUAUUUGUGCCUCCAUCGAGUUCGGUGUUUUGAAAGUCCGUAGUCUAAAAAUAGAUUGUGACGUCUGCUUUCACAUUCGGCAUCGGAAAGAUGACAGAUACCGCAAACUGAGUAAACCAUGUAAACAGCCGUAAAAUGCUUCAUGUAAAUAUGAUUAGCAGUGUUUUGCAUACUCACAUAACAUUGUUUUGUAAGUUAUAGGCUUAUUAUUUACUUGUAAACUUAGCAGUGUAUUUGAUCUGUCACUGUGACGUCUGCUUUCACAUUCGGCAUCGGAAAGAUGACAGAUACCGCAAACUGAGUAAACCAUCUAAACAGCCGUAAAAUGCUUCACGAUGCCUCGCAAUGAGAGAAACAACUUUAACUGUGUCUGUUGCACCAAGCGAGUGAGACCAAGGGACAGGAAAACAGUUAACAAAGACAUCUGCAAAUAUUUACAGAAAAAGUUUCUUAUUUCUGCUCCGAAUAGGUCCAUAAUUUGUAACAGAUGCCGUCAUGUAUAUAGAAAGGAACGUUCCAAGACUGCUAGCAUCCACCAGAGAAUGCAGCUCUCAGACACUGACAGUGAUGAUGAUUUUCAACACCAAGAACCUCUGCAGACUUCAAAAAAACCAGCAACACAGACCAGUCCACCAUCCAUUCAUUUACCAAUUUCAUCAACAGUAAAGAGCCAUGCAUACUGUUUUAUCUGUAAACGACCUGGCCCUAAGUUGGUUGUAGUGCCAUCAGAUUCUAGACUUUCUGUGUUUGUUGAAAAAAAUAUACUGAUUGCAGAAGGAAACAGAUGUUGUCCAAAUCAUUUACAAGAUGGAGUCCUUACUCCAGAGGCCCUUCAAAAUCUGAAGACAACUGACCACAUAUUCUUAAAUAAACACUCUGUGCUAGAUCUCCUAGGUAAAAUGCGUCACCUUUGUCAGACAAACAAAUCUCACAGACUCAAUUUUGAUAGCAGAGACGACCUUAGCGACGAGGAUUACAUUUCUCUCACUGGCCUGAGCAAGGAAAAUUUUCAUAUCCUGUUCGAAACUGUACAUGACCUGAUAAAGAAUACUCCAACCAGAAGCUCCAAAACAACAUUGGCUAUAUUCCUGUGCAAACUAAAUUCCGGACUUUCCAACAGAUUUUUGGCUACAUUAUUCAAUCUUACAAAAUCCAGUUUACGGAGAGCAGUGAAAACAGCCCGUCAAGCUCUUAUGGAAAAUUUUGUUCCCUACCAUCUUGGUUUUCAACAUGUGACUCGGGAAGAACUAAUUCAAGACCACACUCGUCCUCUUGCUGCGUCUCUCUUUGGAACUUCUGGAAAGGAAGCAAUACUGGUCCUUGACGGAACGUACAUUUACAUUGAUAAAAGUUCGAACUUUCAUUUUCAAAGAAGAUCCUACAAUGUACACAAAGGCAGGCCUCUUUUAAAACCAAUGGUCAUUGUAUCAACAUCUGGUUACUUCGUAUCUGUUCUUGGUCCAUACCUUGCUGACAGUAAAAACAAUGAUUCAUCCAUACUUAAUCAUAUCAUUAGGACCAAUGCAGAAGACAUUCAGAAAUGGAUCCAAGAAGAUGACAUUUUUAUUGUCGACCGAGGGUUCAGAGAUGCGAUUCCUCUUCUUCAAGAUCUUGGUAUCCAAGCAGAAAUGCCCAAGUUCAUGAUAAAAGGCCAAAAACAACUGUCCACAGAAGAUGCGAAUUCGAGUAGACUAGUGACCAAAGUUCGAUGGGUAGUGGAAUCAGCUAACGCUCGCAUCAAGAGAUGGAAAUACCUGGAGAAAGUGCUUCCUACGAACCAGAUCCCUUAUAUUGGAGAUUAUGUUAGGAUAAUUUGUGCCAUCUCCAAUAGGUUUCUGCCUCCUCUAUCCUCAGCUCAAGAGGAUGAUUCAGCAGUUGCUGCGAGAAUGUUGCAGCUCAGUCACCAGGUCAACAGUCUGAAGGAGCGUGUUGAGGCAGAAGAGUUGGAUGGUAGGAAAUCAUCUGUGUGGAUCGAUGCAUCUACAGUACAUGACUUUCCAAAGCUCACAGAACAACAACUCCGUGAAAUGACGUGUGGUUCGUACCAACUCAAGCUCUCAAGAUGCUACAUUAAGGAACAUAUUGAUGGAAAUCAUGACAUUCUCAUACACAGAGAAGACCGUCACCUUUUGAAAGUAAAAAUGCAAAGUAGGCAUGUAUCAUCCAAAGCACACAUCUUGUGGAUCUCCUUCAAUGAGACAGAGGUUACAGCAUGGUAUUGUCGAUGUAAAACCGGUGCACGAGUAGUUGGGGUGUGCGCACACAUUGCUGCAGUACUUUGGUACCUUGGAUAUGCAAGGCACAUCCAGGACUCCAAGAACAUUGGUGUAAGAAACUGGGCAGAAUAUGUUGAGGAUGCAGCCAAUGUGCCAGAGGUGAUAGAUACAUCUGAUAGUGAUGACAGCAUUAUUGAAGAAUGAACAUUUUGUUACAGGGGGGUUUCUUAUGUACAUGUACUCUUGAUAACUUUGAAUUCAUCAAUUUUCAGUGUAUAACCUUAUGCUUUAAAUGUAUGUGAAAUUAGGAAUUUAUCUAACACAUAAGAGCAAACUGAACAAGUAUCAUUAUUAGAUAUCAUUUUAUUGGCAUUUGAGGUGGGUGACAUGCCAGUCGCUAACCUCAAGUCUCAGUUGAAAACCACUGUAAAUAAUGAAUGAAGUGUUCUUCAAAACUGACAUUUGUAAAAUUCCCCUACAUGUUAUUUUGUAAAAGUUUAUUUUAUUUUAAAAAGAAUAUAAAAGGGUUUAACCUUUUUUUCUUUUUUAAAAUAAUAUUUUUUUUUACAUUUUUCUAAUCUACUGAUUAGUCAUUUUUAUUAGUUUAUUCUGUGAUUAAACUGAUAACUUCUUUGCAAUCUAAAUGUUUUUCUUACAAAUUGCACUGUAAAGAAACUUCUACAGAUAAGUUAUUCAUAUACCGGUACAUGUCAUUCUAAGUCUAAAUAUGUGAAUAUAUGCAGAAUGUGAGAUGCAAAGCUGUACAUUAUGUGUACCAAAUUAAUGAAAUAUACAUAUAUAUAUUUAUUUACAAUUUUAUUGUCUUAAACAAAAUGUAUUAAUGUUAUGUUGUAUAAUGGUAUUGACUUGUGAUUACCUGAUUGGAAAUCAAUAUGACAUAUAUGUUCUACUGGUCAGUACCUCAGUAUGCGAGUUAAGGUUCUGUGGAGCAUGCAGUAUAAUCAAUUUAAGGUGGUAUGGGACACUUCCAUUUUCUUACGUAUUGUUUAUCGAAAUAAAGAAUAAAAACCAGUAUAGUUAUAUAAGUAGUUUCUUUCCCAAUAUUGUCACCUUACAGCGUAGUGUAGUGGGUUAGAGGGUUUACUACGAAUCUGUAAGUCAUGAGUUCGAUUCCUGCUGGGGGUUUUACAAUUUUUACCUCUCGUAAUAUUUUUAAAAAAAAUUUUGUUAAAUAUUGUAGAAUUUGAAAAUUCUAAACCAAUGAAAGUAGUUCAAUUUUAGUGUACUUUAAUCCACAUUAAUAUCAACAGAUGUCCCAUACCACAUUAAGCCAUCCUUGCUAGUACACUACAGUAUGUGUAUUCAAGUAAAUCUUGUAUUAAUAAAUUGUAAUUAUAAUUUCAAAUAUUUACAUUAAAUAAAAUAAUGGAAAAAUAAUAUCAAUAAAUAUGUAAUAAUUGUUACCUAAAGUUGGUGAUUGGUUAACUUUUAAAUCUUAUUAAAUAAUUUGGUACAAAGAACUGAUUAAUAUCUUAUGUUCCUUUAUGAAUUACAUGUGUAGCAUAUCACUGUGCUUCUUAAAAUCAAAUUGGCAUCUUAAUGUUAAGAAUUAGACAUGUUUAUAAUUAAACACACUUUAGUCUUAUCGUGAUAAAAUAUUCAUGUUAAAGAUGUUGUAAUGUUUUGAUUUUAACUAUGAAUGGUUAUAUUUCCCAAAUCAGUUCUUAUUAAUGAUUAAUUAAAUCAUAAACAUUUAUGCAUUACUUUAAUAUGUAAUAAAUGAAUUCAUAUUUACUGUUACCAUGUUUUCAGGGCUUUCUUUUGUAUGUUAGCUGAAGCCUGUACUUACCAACCUGACAAAUACUGAUUCUUGCACAUUUAAAAUUAUUUCUCACCAGUAACAGGUGGUGUGCAAGAACUUUUUUUUGACUGCUCAUUGUUGAUUGAAAAGAUGGUGUUAUAAAAUCUUAAUAGUGUGAAUUUUAUCGAACUUAUAUAAAAUUCAAAUACAUACAACACAUUUGGAAUACUUACGAAAGUAUUUUCCGCGUAUCUAUAUGCAGCUGAUAUGAACAUGAUGAAGUCGCGUCAUUUUAGUAAUCUUACAGGAAAAAAUAGACGCCGAAUAACUUAACAAACCCAACUAGUAGCACAUUCCGGAUUUAAAUAUGAAUGUAAAAAAUACAUCUAUACUACACUCACGCUUUUUGGUCUUAAAUAUAAAGAUGUACAAUGACACGAAAAAUGCACAAUAUCAUCACAUGUAAGUUAACAGUUUAUAUUGACAUUAUUUUCAUUGAUGUGU